AUUCGGAAAGAGGCGGAGCCUAACUCGCAUCAGGACCAAUCUGUCUGCACCUGCAUCCUUAGCUCAGAGCAUCCCUGGAGCAUCUAAGAGGAAAGCGCAGCUAGCAACCAAGGAUCGGGACUGUCGCAGGGGCAGUCGGCCAGACACCUCGUCCCUCCCCUGAUCUGGAGGUCUACAGCCGCGGCCUCGGUACUGACCGAGAUUCCCAAAGUUGUCUGACCUCUGCAAAAGUGUUCUAUCAACAGCCUCUGAUUACAACAUGGCUGAGAUCACAAAUAUACGCCCCAGCUUUGAUGUGUCACCAGUGGCAGCUGGCCUCAUCGGGGCCUCUGUGCUGGUGGUGUGUGUUUCCGUGACUGUGUUUGUGUGGACAUGCUGCCACCAGCAGGCAGAGAAGAAGCACAAGACCCCGCCAUACAAGUUCAUCCACAUGCUGAAAGGCAUCAGCAUCUACCCAGAGGCCCUCAGCAACAAGAAGAAAAUCAUCAAAGUUCGGAGAGACAAAGACAGUUCUCGGAGGGAGAGUGGCCGAGGGAACCUGUUAGUAAACGCAGCAGAGUCAGGCCUGCUGAGCCAUGACAAGGAUCCCAGAGGGCCUAGCCCUGCGUCUUGUAUAGACCAGUUACCCAUCAAAAGAGACUAUGGGGAAGAACUGAGGAGCCCCAUGACAAGCCUGACCCCUGGUGAAAGCAAAGCCACCUCCCCCUCAUCACCAGAGGAAGACGUGAUGCUAGGAUCCCUUACCUUCUCAGUGGACUACAACUUCCCCAAAAAAGCUCUGGUGGUGACAAUCCAAGAGGCCCAUGGGCUGCCAGUGAUGGAUGACCAGACCCAAGGCUCUGACCCCUACAUCAAAAUGACGAUCCUUCCUGACAAGCGGCAUCGAGUGAAGACCCGUGUGCUUCGCAAGACCCUGGACCCUGUGUUUGAUGAGACCUUCACCUUCUACGGCAUCCCCUACAGCCAGCUGCAGGACCUGGUGCUACAUUUCCUCGUGCUCAGUUUUGAUCGCUUCUCUCGGGAUGAUGUCAUCGGGGAGGUCAUGGUGCCGUUGGCUGGAGUGGACCCCAGCACAGGCAAGGUUCAGCUGACCAGGGACAUCAUCAAGAGGAACAUCCAGAAGUGCAUUAGCAGAGGGGAGCUCCAGGUGUCUCUGUCAUACCAGCCUGUGGCACAGAGGAUGACAGUGGUGGUCCUCAAAGCCAGACACUUGCCGAAGAUGGAUAUCACCGGUCUCUCAGGUAAUCCUUAUGUCAAGGUGAACGUCUACUACGGCAGAAAACGCAUCGCCAAGAAGAAAACCCACGUAAAGAAGUGCACUUUGAACCCCGUCUUCAAUGAGUCCUUCAUCUAUGACAUCCCCACUGACCUCCUGCCUGAUAUCAGCAUCGAGUUCCUGGUCAUUGACUUCGACCGCACUACUAAGAAUGAGGUGGUGGGGAGGCUGAUCCUGGGGGCACAUAGUGUCACAGCCAGUGGCGCAGAACACUGGAGAGAGGUCUGCGAGAGUCCCCGCAAGCCUAUAGCCAAGUGGCACAGUCUGAGCGAGUACUAACCCUGGGGCCAGGCGGGGAGGCGCACGACUGGGAGAGGUGACAGAGAAGCUGACUCAAAACCUCAUUUUAGUCAUAGAAGAAAAUUUCUUACAGAACAAACCACAUGAAGAACAUCACACUCCACACAGCUGCAGAUUGGUUCUUAGCGUGAGGAUUGCUUUCUUCUUUACAAGGCUCUAGACGAUCUUUUGUUUUUUAAAAUGAGGGGGGAGAGAAGGAAAGACCCCAAGUCUAUAUAUAACAAUGUAACCUUAUACUUGCAUGUCUAAUACAAACAAGAAAUUAGCCUAACCAAUAUCAGAUUUUAAUCCAUGAAAAUUGUGUUUUGUGCCGAAUUGUAUUUGCUGAUCCCUUGAAAUUGGUCUCUUUUUAUUGGGCUUCUCUCAGUUACUCCAGCUCCCCAUCGCUGCAGGAGAAAAGUCUGCUCUUGUAAAGCCCCGCGUUCCCAUCCUCUCACCAUUUUUUCUGUCACCUCUCACAUCGCUGGUCUUUAGCUGAGUUCCAAAUCCAGAGGUCUGUAGUAGGCAAAGAAACAAGUGGGGUUUCCAGGAGAAAGAGUACUUGAAUGUGGGGUGUGUGCUGUUAACUGCCUGUUAUGAAGAGGUAACAGGCAGCCAGUGGCUAGCGGGAGCCCUGGUGAGCAUGUGAGAGGUGGAGUUGGAUUUCGAAGGAACCAUGGGCACCUCAGUGAGAGGGAAGUACCGGCCGGCGAACUCCAGUGCAUCCUCGAUACUAUUUACAGGUCAGGGGACAAGGGGAGGAAAUAAGAUGUCUACGUGGCCCUCUGUGGCAGUUUCUUCAUCAGUGGUCAGCCAUCCUAGGAGGUUUGUAAGGUUACACUGCCUUUUGCUUUUCCAGAAAUGCUGCCUCAGGAGCUCUGGCAUCUCCUCGUUGCUGACAGAAGUUGCUUUCUGUUUCAUAAGGAAAUAGGCCUCAGAAAUGACCUCUUUCUCCCUGAGGCUUACAGUCAUGGCUCUUCAGAAAGCUGAGUAGGGCUGGGUAGUAAGACAAUACGAAUGCCUUCAGAGCCCCGCUCUUCUCUUCCCAGCGGGAGCGCAUGGCUGGAGACCCGAGAGUCUCAGUACAUGCUGAAGGGUGGGAAACCAAAGUUCCAUUGUCUUUCUGCCACUGGGCAGGACAGUGCAGCGCUUGAGCCCUGUACUGGAGUUCAGAUCCAGGUCUCCAAGUGGAGACUUCCAGAGAAACAUGAGACUUCAGGAAGGAGAGGUGAGUUUGGGUGGGCAGUGCCUAGUUUUGACAUCCUGAAGAGGACCUCAGUCAAAUAAGCUUGAUCCAGGGCCUGAAAGACUAGCCGUAACAGAAGUGCUCGCUUCCCUACAAGGUCAUCCCGGGCUUGCUUCUGAGAAGGGUGGACAAGCAGAAUUUCCAUGGAGAGGGUGGUGACGCUGCCUUUGGUGUUCCCCUAGUUCUUGUAGAUCUGAAUCCACUAUGCCCCACAACCUUUUUUUUUUCUUUUGUUCGUUUCUUUGUUUUGUUCUUCUUGGCAAUUCGGAGCAGUCCUGUAUAGGCAGGAAACCCCACUCUGCUCUUGCUGUUGUCAGCCUUUCUAUCCCAUAAUCCGACUCAGUGUCUCGCCAUCAGCUGGGAUCCCACCACUAGUCUCCGACCUUUAACCCAUGGAAUGUAAAUAUUGUAUCAUACGUAGAAGAAAAUACUUUUUGUUUUCUAAAAAGGCAUUUUGACAUAGUCUAAUGAAAACCUGGCAGGAGCAUUCUAAGCCCCAUUAGGGGAAAAAAAAUCGAAAUGGUUCCUCUCCGUCGCCUUAAUGUGUAAGGGUCAGAGGUCACCAAGCAGCUUCGUUUCCUUGGCAGAAACGAUGCGAAGUGACAGGUGGAGUCUGGUCUCUGUCCCACGGUGUGUGCCUCUGCCGCUCCCCCUGAGAAGUCUGGGAAACAGCCCUACCACGCUCCUCCCUUCCCCAUCUCCCUGCAGCUCAAUCCUUGGCAUCCCCUGGGUCUGCGGAGCAGUGGGUGGUGGUGGUGGGGAGCAGGUACUUCCACAGGCUCGGGGUCGCCUCCGUGUCUCUCCUCCCUCCUACCUCAGGCCUGCUCCAUCAUGCCCUGGACUUUGGUAUCCUAAAGCUUCUUAGCUGACUUCGGCUUUCACACCUGAUCGUCACAGAGCUCACUGGUGUGGGUGGAGGCAGAGUGCCUCUUCCUGUCCGUUGAAAGACAAGAGAGUCACAUCCUAGCUUUUGCACAAGGCUCUUGUGGUUAGGAAUACGUUAGGGAAAGGUCACUUUUGAUUUCCCAACAGCCAGUCUGUCUAUGUACAUUUCUUGACUCCUUUGGGACUAUGAGAGCUAUUCACAAUAUCAGAAGUUCCCUUGUGAGUCCUUCCUUCUUCUGGUUUGCAGCACAGCCACCGUGCGUGGUUAUGGACAAUGCUGUGCUGGAGGGGGCAGACAGAACUGCUGUGUGGGACCAGGGUUACCUACUUAGGAGAGGGAUAUGGAAGACUUCUAAUAUUGGCCAUGACAGCAACGUUGCCCUUUCCACAGUCCCUCUCUGAAGUGGUCGUCUUUCUUUACCUUGUGUCUUCUCUUGUAAAAAUAAAACUCAAAAAUAAAAGUGUCAAAUUAAAAAGAAAACGAAACAACGGAAAAAGCUAACGUGAACUGUGUGAAAUUGCAUAAUGCUGUGACGCUAACCUUGGAUAUGUAAUGCUAUCUUGUAUGUUGAACUUGUUAAUGCGCCACACACAUGCAGAAUAAAGACUGAUUCACAUUAAA